CCUCAUCGGUUUGGCACUUUGGCUUAUCCCCUUCGGGCUUCAGCCUUCCCCUGAGAACUGGGAGAAGAGGUGAAGUGGCAGAGGGGAGCCGGAGCCGCCAUUAGGAGGAGAAGGAGAUGGAGCUAUUGUCUUCUUCCCGCUCCAUGCUAUCCUCUUGCAACCGAUUGGUUGCGCCGUCCAGGACGGCAUCCUCAGCUGCUAAGCGCGACCGCAAGAGCGGAUUAGUAUGUGUGUUGGGUGGCGAGCGAGGGAGUGAGGGGAAGAUCGGGAAGAGGUCAGCUCUUGCUCUAGUGCUGGCUAUACCGGCCCUGUCAGUGCCGUUAUCGGCCCAUGGGAAGACCAAAAGCAUGACCCCUUACGAUGAAAGGCGGCUGCUUCAGCAGAACAAGAAGAUUCAGGAAGCCAACCGUGCACCUGAUGAUUUCCCAAACUUCAUCAGAGAAGGUUUUCAGGUUAAAGUAGUGACACCUGACAACUACGUAACACGGGACUCUGGAUUAAUAUAUGAGGACGUCAAAAUUGGCACAGGUGACUGCCCAAAGGAUGGUCAGCAGGUUACAUUUCACUAUAUUGGCUACAAUGAAUCAGGACGCAGGAUAGAUAGCACCUACAUUCAGGGUUCGCCUGCCAAAAUUCGUUUAGGCAACAAAUCAUUAGUUCCAGGUUUUGAAGAGGGGAUUCGGGACAUGAAACCAGGUGGCAAGAGAAGACUUAUUAUACCUCCAGAACUUGGGCCUCCUGUUGGGCCUUCGACGUUCUUCAGCGCGAAGCAGUUCGAAGUAUUCGAUGUAGAGCUCCUCUCCGUGAAGGACUGCGAGCGGAGGACCAUUGGCUUCUACUCUGAUGUUGUCUGCAGUUGAUCAUCUCAAGAGUACCAACAGGUAGCAAAAUACAGCACUCUCCUGCAACUCUGUAGGGAAAAAAAAUUACCAGCUGUACAUGCCAACUACAAAAAGGAAAGGAAAAUAAAUAAUGUAAAAGGCACAAAGAGAGAGGUGUUGUAUGUGAAUAGCCAAAUAUUUGCAUUGCCAUGAACAUCCUGUUGUUGAGCCCACAUGUACCUUUCUUGUUUGAUUUGUAAGUUUCAAGUAACCAGAACUACUGGAUAGAGAUAGCAUAUACCGAGACUUGUAGAUAGAAAACAAAUUGCAGAUGUGUUCCAAACUACCA